AUGGGGAGCAGGCAGGCCAGAGGUUGGAGGGAGCAGGCAGACCAGAGGUUGGAGGGAGCAGGCAGACCAGAGGGUGGAGGGAGCAGGCAGCAGGCAGACCGGAGGGCGGAGGGAGCAGGCAGACCAGAGGGCGGAGGGAGCAGGCAGGCCAGAGUAACCCCUACACAAACCCUAAACCCCAGUAACCCCUACACAGACCCUAAACCCCAGGAACCCCUACACAGACCCAAAACCCCAGCAACCCCUACAAAGACACCAAACCCCAGUAACCCUGUACAGACACGAAGUUCCUGCAGCCCCUCCAAUUUCACUCUCAAACAUGGUACAAACCCAGACUGGUACUAUGCAGCAUGUAACCCAGACUGGUACUAUGCAGCAUGUAACCCAGACUGGUACUAUGCAGCAUAUAACCCAGACUGGUACUAUGCAGCAUAUAACCCAGACUGGUACUAUGCAACAUGUAACCCAGACUGGUACUAUGCAGCAUAUAACCCAGACUGGUACUAUGCAGCAUAUAACCCAGACUGGUACUAUGCAGCAUAUAACCCAGACUGGUACUAUGCAGCAUAUAACCCAGACUGGUACUAUGCAGCAUAUAACCCAGACUGGUACUAUGCAACAUGUAACCCAGACUGGUACUAUGCAGCAUAUAACCCAGACUGGUACUAUGCAGCAUAUAACCCAGACUGGUACUAUGCAGCAUAUAACCCAGACUGGUACUAUGCAGCAUAUAACCCAGACUGGUACUAUGCAGCAUAUAACCCAGACUGGUACUAUGCAGCAUGUAACCCAGACUGGUACUAUGCAGCAUAUAACCCAGACUGGUACUAUGCAGCAUAUAACCCAGACUGGUACUAUGCAGCAUAUAACCCAGACUGGUACUAUGCAGCAUAUAACCCAGACUGGUACUAUGCAGCAUAUAACCCAGACUGGUACUAUGCAGCAUGUAACCCAGACUGGUACUAUGCAGCAUAUAACCCAGACUGGUACUAUGCAGCAUAUAACCCAGACUGGUACUAUGCAGCAUAUAACCCAGACUGGUACUAUGCAGCAUAUAACCCAGACUGGUACUAUGCAGCAUAUAACCCAGACUGGUACUAUGCAGCAUAUAACCCAGACUGGUACUAUGCAGCAUGUAACCCAGACUGGUACUAUGCAGCAUAUAACCCAGACUGGUACUAUGCAGCAUAUAACCCAGACUGGUACUAUGCAGCAUGUAACCCAGACUGGUACUAUGCAGCAUAUAACCCAGACUGGUACUAUGCAGCAUGUAACCCAGACUGGUACUAUGCAGCAUAUAACCCAGACUGGUACUAUGCAGCAUAUAACCCAGACUGGUACUAUGCAGCAUGUAACCCAGACUGGUACUAUGCAGCAUAUAACCCAGACUGGUACUAUGCAGCAUAUAACCCAGACUGGUACUAUGCAGCAUGUAACCCAGACUGGUACUAUGCAGCAUAUAACCCAGACUGGUACUAUGCAACAUGUAACCCAGACUGGUACUAUGCAACAUGUAACCCAGACUGGUCUGGAACAACAAAAAAAGAGUCACAGGUCAGGAUAUUCCCAAUUGGAUCAAAGAGUUAUUAUUGCCAACAAUAUGAACAGGUUUCUUUUUACAUUCUAAAUGGAUUGCCAAGUUUCAAUAAUAAAGCAGGCCUGGACUAGCUAGUCUCCAUCCAACGAUAUGCAGACAGCAUAG